UCUGUUUGCCUUACUGGGUAUUCACGAAGUACACUACAGGACCAGAGUAUAAAAGAUUCGUUGACUUCUUAGAGUUUCAGUUCCAUUUUAUCAUCAAUCCUAAGAACAUUGACUUGAAUCGUGCAUAAAAAUGGCCAAAAUUUUCAUCAUUUGCUCAGCUUUCAUCCUUGCUAUGGUUGGACUGAGUUCAUCUCAAACUUUACCUUCACCAGCAGCACCAAAUGCUUUUCAAGCAGGAAUCAAUCCCUACAAUCCAUACAAUCCCUAUAACCCAAAUCCAUAUAACCCAUACAACCCUUACAAUCAAUACAAUCCCUAUAACCCAAAUCCAUAUAAUCCUUAUCAGAAUCAGAUUUAUCAACCUGGACAAAACGCAUUACCUGGAAGAAAUGCCCAAGUCCCAACUGCUUAAUGGAACUGAGAAAUUUGAUGGAAGAUUCUUAAACUCAAAUAAAUAAUUAAUAUAC